AUGAAAAAAGAAUAGUCUCGUCUCCCAAGAAUGUCCGCGAAACAACUUGUCCCUGGAAUAAAUCCUCCAAUAGAAAACAAGUUUACAAAGUGUACACUCACGGAGGGAUCAUCUUUAGUUUAAAGAAUAUUAUGCAAUGUUUGUCAAGAACGGAAGUUGUUGACAUGGAUCAAGAAGCUGAACCUGUGUGUGUAGUUCAGCAUGCUCAUCGAGCUGAAAUCAAUUCAAUUUCUUCCUCAAUCUCUGGGCUUAUUGGAACAGGAGCAGGAGAUGGUUCGAUCCACCUCUGGAGGUUAGAGGGACAAACCUUGGUCCUCAGUCCAUUUUCUCCCAAAGGAAAACACAACUACUCAGUAAAUCAUGUUGAAUUCUCCCUCUACUCUUCCGAAUUCCUCUCUGCGUCUUCUGAUGGAAAUGUCAUUAUCUGGGAUUCUGCCUCAGGUGAAUCUUUGAGAACUCUUUCGUCUUCCUCCUCACCCAGUGUUAGAAUAGGGGUCUUCUCCCCAGACUCUUCUCUUAUAGCUACAGGAGGAAAUGAUGAGAAAGUCCAUGUAUGGAAUUUAGGGGACAAGAAACUGGUUAGAACAAUUACAGAACAUGAGUCUACAGUGUACACUAUAUCCUUCAGUCCUGACUCAUCUAUCCUGAUAAGUGGUGACUUUAAUGGGAGAUUAUUGUGCUGGUCAACACAUCCUGCCCAUCAGGUUUUGUUGUCUAGUGUUGAGUCUGCCCAUGAUCUUGGUGUAACCAGCAGUCAUUUUAGUCCUCUAUACAGUAGGAAUAUUCUGGAGUGUACAUACACAUUGGUAACUGUUGGGAACGAUGGUCUUCUUAAAAAAUGGAUUCUUAAUUCAGGACAAAGAAACAGUUUUGUAUUGGAUAAAGAAGUGUUUGUGCACGAGAACACUGCUAUGUGUGUGCGGACAAACAAAGAGGGAACUUUGGUGGCAACAAGUGGAGGAGAUAAAACAAUUAAACUUCUGUCUCUUCUUGAUCUCAGCUUAAUCAAAAUAUUUACGGGAUUUGAACGGUAUGUUACGAGCUGCUGUUUCUCUGAGGACAGUAGUUUAUUAUUUGGAGUAUCCAAUAGAACUAUAAAAGCCUGGCAGCUUGGUACACAUGAAAAUAAAUCCCAUGAAUCCGACCAAACAAUUACACAAUCUUGCUUCAGAUCGAAUAGAAUUAGGUAUGAGAGUAUAAGUAUACCCCCGGAGUUCCUCUGCCCUAUCACCCAGGAGUUGAUGGAGAACCCGGUCAAGGCUUCAGAUGGAUUCAUCUACGAGCAGAUUGCAAUCCAGGAAUGGUUGAUUACAAGAAGGAUGACCUCUCCUAUGACGAACCUAGAGCUAAAGGAUACAAACCUUAUCCCCUGUACACAGCUCAAGAUACAGAUUCAACAGUUUAUUAGAAAUUAUAAUAGAAAGGGUCCUGAUCAUGGUAAAACUACUUAAAAUUGAACAAAAUCAUAAUCUACAUAUUAUCUAGAACAAACAUGUGAUUUUAAACUGUGAUUACAAAUUAAAAAAAUUUUAUUAUUCACAAAACAGGUGCUUUAUAACUCAUGUAUUGUAUGUUAAUAUUAGACAAUUUUCAGGAAUUAGAAAGUUAUUAUUUACUAGGCUUUAAGGUAACUUAACGCCCAUCUUCUAUUUCAAUUGUGAACAUGUUCACUUUUUACACAUUUUAAAACAAAAACAAACAAAACAUUUCG